GCUCCAGCCGGGCGCUCGGCUCUGCGGAGGGAGGUCCCGGAGGAGGCCAGGAGGGUGGGCGGGGUCCGAGGCCUCUAGGGAUAUGCAGAUGAGGUGGGCGGGGCCCCCACAAAUACCCGCGGGUAGCGGCUGGCGGGACGGCCGGGCCUGGGUAGGUUCAGUCAGAGGCGCGCUGUGGAACCUGCCGCGCCGAGCACAGCGGAGCCUGGUCCCCGGCCGUCCCCGGAGCGGGCCAUGCCCCCGCGGGCGCUAAGUGAGGCCGAGUCGUCCUCGCUCCGGGCCCCGACCCCACCCCCGCGGCGGGGCAGCGCGUCCCCGGAGCUGGGCAUCAAGUGCGUGCUGGUUGGCGACGGCGCGGUGGGCAAGAGCAGCCUCAUCGUCAGCUACACCUGCAAUGGGUACCCCGCGCGUUACCGGCCCACAGCGCUGGACACCUUCUCCGUGCAAGUCCUGGUUGAUGGAGCCCCGGUGCGCAUUGAGCUCUGGGACACUGCGGGACAGGAAGACUUUGAUCGCCUUCGCUCCCUCUGCUACCCGGAUACGGAUGUCUUCCUGGCCUGCUUCAGCGUGGUGCAGCCCAGCUCCUUCCAAAACAUCACAGAGAAAUGGCUCCCGGAGAUCCGCACUCACAACCCCCAGGCGCCCGUGCUGCUGGUGGGCACCCAGGCCGACCUGAGGGACGAUGUCAAUGUACUGAUUCAGCUGGACCAGGGGGGCCGGGAAGGCCCCGUGCCUCAGCCGCAGGCUCAGGGUCUGGCCGAGAAGAUCCGGGCCUGCUGCUACCUGGAGUGCUCUGCCUUGACGCAGAAGAAUUUGAAGGAGGUGUUCGACUCGGCCAUUCUGAGUGCUAUUGAGCACAAAGCCCGGCUGGAGAAGAAGCUGAACGCCAAAGGCGUGCGCACCCUCUCCCGCUGCCGCUGGAAGAAGUUCUUCUGCUUUGUCUGAACAGCUGUGGCAGCAAAAUGAUCAGUAGGCCAACGGCCACAGACUCCUAGACCCUGGGGCACAGGGCCUUUGAGGGCCCUGCUGGCAGGGCCAGGCCACCCCCAUGGACUCCGUUCCCACCCGAAUACUGUGGCGACGCGGGCCUCUAACUGCCCACUCUUAUGUGCCAGGGUGAGCCUAGGGCCUGGAGGAGGGAAGGCUCUGACUUGGACUUCUGUGGUCAAGGCUCACAGAGAAAUCCCAGUACUUUGAUUUUCAUGGGAUGAUCCUCACAGUGUCAGCUGCUUCCCCGCAGUUUGGGAUCCAAUUCCCAGUUUCUUAUCAUGGGCCCUCAGUUCAGCCUGGCUGAAUUAGGACCCCUCCUGGUCAUCCCCACCCCCUCCUUGGCACACGGGUGAGGAAGGGCCUGGGGAACAGCCGGGCAUCUCGGAGGCUGGAAGGUGUCCGGCCCUGAUUUGGAGAGAAGUUUAAGAUGGAUUGGGUAAGACAGGUCAGUGAGAGGUUGAGAGAGAGCAGAAAGUGAAGGCUUGGAGCCUUGGGACUGGAGACAGGCUGGGAAGGAGGAGGCAGAUCAGAGGCAUAGGCUUGGAAGGAGGAAGAGAGAGAGAAGUGGGGCAGCUGAGGAGCAAGGCUGAUACCUGGGCUGUCCUCAACCCUCAAGGCCAGGGAGGGCGGGGCUGGUCCCUGGGAAGAACUGAGUCUCAGGACUCCCUAAGCACUGCCCAAACUGGCUGGGCCAGGAGUGGGGCAGGAAGUGAGAGGUAAGGCCCAGCAAGAGGAGGGGGAGGAGCUGGAGCCCGAAGGAAGAAGGGGCUUUCUCCAAGGUCAUAGCCUAGAAGAUAAGGCAGUGUGGAAUCUGCAAAUAAAGCCUUAAGUUUCUGAA